GUGCGUUCCUCCCGGCAGCCUCCAGGGGGCGCUCCGACCCAGCUUCCGGAUGUGAUGUCAUUAGUCUUCCGACUGGGAGGCCUGAGGGACGGGACGGCCUCGGUGUCUGAUGCCGGAUUCAGGUCACGCACAAGGACUCCAGGGACAUCAGGAAACGGCAGCUGAAGUCCUGCGGCACCUGUCCUGAGGUCGCAGAGCCAUGGAGGACCAGGCUGAGCCAGGAGACAAGGUUGCCAUUCCCCUGAGCAGCGUCAGCAUGCCUCUGGGCGCGAGGAGUGUGCAGUGCCUGUUGGAGGAGGCCCAGCAGGAGGCGAGCGAAGCCCAGGGCCUGGAGGGGGCCCAGCCCUCGCCUCAGGAUGGGCCAGCCACCCUGGGAAGUGAGCCCCACGCCCAUAGCUCCAGCAGCCAUGGGGACGAGGCCGCAGGGGAUGCCAGGGCCUCUCUCCAAGAUGCGCUGCGCAGGAAGGAGAUCCAACUGGUGACCUUCCUGCUCCACAAGUACCGCGCCAAGGAGCCGACCACGAAGGCAGAGAUGCUGGAGCUGGUCGCCCAGGAUCACCAGGACCACUUCCCUGACAUCCUCAGCCGUGCCUCCUUGUCCUUGGAGCUGACCUACGGCAUUGAUGUAAAGGAAGUAGAUCCCAGCAGCCACUCCUAUGUCCUGGUCCCCACCCUGGGCCUCACCUGGGAUGGGGUGACCGAAGAGCACCACCUCCCCAAGACCGGCCUCCUGGCGCUGCUCCUGGGCAAGAUUUUCCUGUGGGGGGGCCGGAUCCCAGAGAAGUAUAUGUGGGAAAUACUUAGUGCCAGGGGGGUGUACUCCGGGAGGGAGCACUGCAUCUUCGGGGAGCCCAGGGAGCUCAUCACCAGGGUCUGGGUGCAGGAGCAGUACCUGGAGUACCAGCAGGUUCCCGACAGCAAUCCUGCUCGCUUCCAUCUGCUCUGGGGCCCCAGGGCCCACGCAGAGGCCAGCAGGGUGCAGGUCCAGCAGUUUUUGCUCAGGCUCCUUAGCACACCUAUAGGCCCUUUCCUGUGCCCAUCUGAGGAGGCUAGGACCAAUGAGGAACAGGGUCCCUGAGCAGAGGGGGGCCAGGCCCAGGCCAAGCCCCCGUCAGGCAGGCGCUUCUGCUGGGCAUGCAGUCAGGCCCCUUCUCCCUCUGGCCUAGGAGAGAGAGCAGCCAGCACUCUAAGGAGCGCAGGUUCUGUGCCACGUGGGCUGGAGCCUCUGGGCUCCUGUUCUCCCCGACCCCAUGGAAGUGGGUCUCUGUUACCUCUGGUGUGAUUCCCCCUGUUGUUCCUUUUCAUAGAAAGGGCGGUUAGCUUCAUCGUCUGUUUCUGUAUGACAUGUAUCCCAUGUAUGUUUGGACAGUUUACCAGUUCAGUGCGUUGCUGUUUUGUAGACACAUGGGGACACCUUCCAUCUGAGUUUGUGACCAGAGCUAGGUCACAUGGCAUCGGCCUCGCCACUCCCUCCCAAAAGUGAUGGAAAUUAGCAGUAAAAUGGACGGUGUCCCGAAAUGGAGAAAUAAAAGUACAGUUGGUUAA